CGCUGCUGCGCUGCCCGGGAGGAAGAGGCGGCCUCGCCUGCCCCCAUCCCCCCCCAUCCCCGCCGCCACCAUCCCGCUCCAUCCCUCCCUCCUUCCCCUCCCUCCCGCUCCUCCCGCCCGGCGGGACGCGCCCCGAACCGGGAGCGACACGGUCGCUGCCCGCUGCUCCUCCUCCUCCUGCUCCUCCUCCUCCUGCAGCGGGGGCCGCAUCCUGCUGCCGGGGGGAGGGAAUUGAUGUGGAUACCCAGCGCAGCACCAUGCAGCCGCCGCCGAGGAAGGUGAAAGUCACGCAAGAGCUAAAAAACAUUCAGGUUGAGCAGAUGACAAAACUUCAGGCCAAGCACCAAGCAGAAUGUGAGCUCCUUGAAGACAUCAGAGCCUUCAGUCAGAAAAGAGCUGCAAUCGAGAAGGAAUAUGCACAGAGCAUCCAGAAGCUGGCCAGUCAGUACUUAAAGAAGGACUGGCUUGGGAUAAAAGCUGAUGAACGAAGUGAUUAUAGGAGUAUGUAUUCCGUGUGGAAAUCCCUUUUGGAAGGCACCAUGCAGGUGGCCCAGUCCCGGCUCAAUAUCUGUGAGAACUAUAAAAACUUAAUUUCAGAGCCAGCCAGGAGCGUCCGGUGCUUCAAGGAACAGCAGCUGAAAAAGUGCGUGGAGCAGCUGACAAGGAUCCAAACUGAACUCCAGGAGACAGUGAAAGAUUUAGCUAAAGGCAAAAAGAAAUAUUUUGAGACUGAACAGAUGGCUCAGGCCGUGCGGGACAAAGCUGAUAUUGAGGCCAAGUCGAAACUUAGUCUUUUCCAGUCAAGAAUAAGCUUGCAGAAGGCAAGUGUGAAGUUAAAAGCCCGUCGAUCCGAGUGUAAUUCCAAGGCCAUCCAUGCCAGGAAUGAUUAUCUCCUCACUUUAGCAGCUGCCAAUGCACACCAAGAUCGUUACUAUCAAACAGACUUAGUGAACAUUAUGAAGGCCCUUGAUGGAAAUAUAUAUGAUCACCUUAAGGAUUAUUUAAUGGCAUUCAGCAGGACUGAACUAGAGACGUGCCAAGCUGUACAAAACACAUUCCAGUUUUUACUGGAGACUUCCAGCAGGGUGGUGCGGGAUUACAACCUCCAGCUGUUCCUGCAGGAGAAUUCCGUGUUCCACAAACCUCAGCCUUUCCAGUUCCAGCCGAGUGACAGUGACACUAGUUUUAAUGCAGUUCAGCUGGUGGAGAUUGAGCCCUCACCUGUCAGUGCUAUGAGAAUGACCAUAGCAGAGAGUCGACAACUGGAAUCGGAAACUGGAACGACUGAGGAGCACAGUCUGAACAAGGAGGCUCGGAAAUGGGCCACCAGGGUGGCCAGGGAGCACAAAAACAUCGUCCACAGCCAGAGGACCCUGGAGGAGCUGGAAUGCCACGGGCCCGUGAUGUCCGAGCAGAGCCGAGCGGAACUGGAGCAGAAAAUAGACGAAGCCAGAGAGAGCAUCCGCAAGGCUGAGAUCGUGAAGCUGAAGGCCGAGGCCCGGCUGGAGCUGCUCAAGCAGAUCGGGGUGUCGGUGGACACGUGGCUCAGGAGCGCCAUGAACCAGGUGAUGGAGGAGCUGGAGAGCGAGCGCUGGGCCGGCCUGCCCUCGGCCCCCAGCAAUGGCCCCGCGCACCUGAUCAAUGCUGAUGCAGAAAAGGAGGAAGGGGAAGAGUUUGAGGACAGCAUGGACGUGUUUGAUGACAGCAGUUCCAGUCCUUCGGGCACCCUCAGAAAUUACCCCCUCACCUGCAAAGUUGUUUAUUCCUAUAAGGCUUCCCAACCGGAUGAAUUGACCAUAGAGGAGCACGAGGUGUUGGAGGUCAUUGAGGAUGGAGACAUGGAAGACUGGGUAAAGGCACGGAAUAAGGCGGGUCAGGUGGGAUAUGUCCCGGAGAAGUACCUGCAAUUCCCAACUUCCAGCAGCCUCCUGAGCAUGCUCCAGUCCCUGGCGGCGCUGGACAGUCGAUCCCACACCUCCAACAACUCCACGGAGGUGGAUUUAGUCUCAGGAAGCCUCAAUGGAGACUCCAGUGUCUGUUUUGUAAAAGCACUUUAUGACUACGAGGGGCAGACGGAUGACGAGCUGUCCUUCCCAGAGGGAGCCAUUAUCCGCAUCCUGAACAAGGAAAACCAGGAUGACGAUGGAUUUUGGGAAGGGGAAUUCAACGGCAGAGUCGGGGUGUUCCCGUCAGUGCUGGUGGAGGAACUGACGGCCUCGGAAAACGGGGAGACCCCCUGGAUUGGGGAUAUUCAGGUUUCUCCAACUCCGAAGCCCAACAACAUCCUCCCACCGCUCCCGUUGUAUGACCAACCUCCCACCAGUCCCUAUCCCAGCCCGGAUAAAAGAGGCUCCCAGUUCUUCCCGAGGUCUCCAUCAACUAAUGAAAACAGCUUCGGAUCUGAGUGCCCCGGGUUCUCCCAACCGCCACGGAUUCCCGCCGAAACUUCCUACGGAAAACUGCGACCUGUGCGAGCAGCUCCUCCACCCCCCACCCAGCACCACCGCCGGCCCCCGGAGAAGAUCGAGGACGUGGAGAUCACCCUGGUGUGACCGGGGGGGCUGAGCAGGAAGGCUACAAUCAAGACCAAACCCAGCAUUUGGUCCCUCUCCCAUUUUUAGGCACCUUUGCAUGAAGAAGACUUUGGAAUAGAGCGGGACACCGGGAGGGUUGGAUUUUGGCGGAUCCCUUCCCGCGGCCGUGAAGAUUUUUGUGCCUUUUUUUGUUUGUUUUUUUGGUUUCUUUCCAUCGGUUUUGGCCUCUCUUAGCACAAAGCAAGCCCAGCAGAGGAUUUGCCUCGGAGCAGGCUUUUCCUCCUGGCUGAAGAUGCUCCGUUUUUUCCCAAGGAGACUGAGGAAUGAGCCUCCUUCCUGCAGCUUAGUCAUAGCACCCUUUGCUCCCGUGCAUUAGUACAGUAUAUUACUGUUGCCAUAGGAAUGUGCUGAACAUUGUGAAUCCUUCCAGUAGCAUUGGAUUGUCUGAUCAGGUGUUAAAUCAGAUCCCGCGGAAUGAAAAAAGGGAACGGGAAGAUAAGUCAAAAGGAGAGGCUGGCUCCUCUUUCACCCCCCUGCAGAAAGGAAGAAACAGGAAAAGAAGCUCCUGGAGGAGCAAAAGACCACGGGGGGGUUCGUUCCCCUCGUCAGGAAUCAUCAGCUGGACCCUUCUGCUCCUUGGAUUCCUAUUUACACAGGACUUUUUAGUCCCAGAGGAUCUACUCUGGAGGUGCUGAAUCAGUAGCAACAUCUUGUUCCGUAGCAUAAACCAGAAAAGUAAGUGAGGUUUUGUCUAGAUCUGCAAAUCGAGCUGCUUUAUUUUUUGUUUUCUUAGCAGAUUUUGGGGAUUUGGGUUUGUUGUUGUUUUUUUUUUUUAAAGUGUUUGGGUCAUUCCUACCCCAGUUAUUGCUGUGUGCUUAAUUAUCCAACGUUAGCAGAUAUCUUUGUCAUCCAACCACCUGGCUUGAGUUAGAGGUUCCAUUUUAAGAGUAUUUACAUGCAUUUAGUUGUUGCAUUGGAUGGUCCUGUAGCGUUUUCCCAGUGAAUCCCAUCAACCAGCCAAAGCCAGGGAGCCUGGAGCUCCCUGUGAUGCCUUCACACCACCUUGGUGCCCAAGAUCUGCUCUCCAGUUCCUCUCAGGAGAGAAGCAGAGAGGAGAAGAAUUGCAAAUUUCCCACUGGAGAUCUCUGAAAAAGGGAGCUUUGCUUUUGCUGUGCUUUGAAAGAAAAGAGUUCUGAGGUCGGAGGUGGAGAGGGAAAAACUGGCUGAGAACAGGGUUUUUUGGGGUCCUGGCUGAAUUAUUGUCAGCAAUCUCCAUCAGAGGGAGGAUCAGAGGCAUCCCCAGGUUGGGUUUUGAGCUGUUUCUGUGGGUUCUCUUGUGUCUUCAUGGGUUUUUGUUCAAAGCCAGUGAGUUUUCUACCUUUAGUUUACUAACAAGGGCUAUUUUUUGAGGCUGCAUUUAC